ACCACAUAUACAUAAAGUCGGCAAGCUAACUAUAUAGUUGUUCAGUACUGCCAUUGUUUCAUUGAGAGUUUCUUUUCUUCCACAAGGACUCUGUUUAAUUGUUUAUCUCCUCAGUGGGAUACUAUUAUUCUCUAGUUUUCAGUUUCUCAUCAACAUUUAAAUUCCAGGAUGUUUUGACUUUAAUUUUGAGCCUACUGUAUAUUUUUCGAUAGAGACAAUUAUUUGGCAUAGUUAAUUCUGACAAUUAAGAAGAAAAAAAAAGAUGGGUUUCUGGACAUUAUUCGAGGUGGCAUCUAUGCCAAUAUUACAAGUGCUUCUCAUAAGUGUUUUAGGUGCUUUAAUGGCCACUGAUUAUCUCAAGCUUCUUCACUCUGAUGCCCGAAAGUCCCUUAAUAAAAUUGUGUUCGUGGUAUUUACACCUUCCUUAAUGUUUGCAAGUUUGGCAAAGACCGUUACCUUGGACGACAUCAUCUCAUGGUGGUUUAUGCCCAUUAAUAUAGGGCUAACUUUUCUAGUUGGAGGAAUUCUUGGAUGGAUAGUUGUAAAAAUACUUAAGCCAGAGGUACAUCUAGAGGGACUUAUUGUUGCUACAUGCUCAGCAGGUAACUUGGGAAACCUUCUAUUGAUAGUAAUUCCAGCAAUUUGCAAGGAGGAUGGUAGCCCAUUUGGUGAUCAUGGAAUUUGUGCUUCUGUUGGUCUCUCUUAUGCCUCUUUCUCCAUGGCUGUUGGUGGUUUCUACAUAUGGACCUACACAUACCACCUAAUAAGAAGUUCCUCUGUGAAAUUUAAAGCAAUGAAAGCAGCUGAGGAAGAUGCAUUGAAGAAACCAAAUAAUGAUUUGUUAAAUGCAAAUGAGAAAUCUCACCUUCUUCAAGAUGAUGAUCUUGCUGUUACCAAUAUUCAAGACCCUGAAAACCAAACUAUUAUUCAUCCAUCAAUCAAGAAAGGGGAAGUAUCAUCAUGGAGCAAAAUAGCAGGGACUUUGAACAAAAUUGUGGAGGAGCUAUUGGCACCUCCAACAGUUGCAGCAAUUAUAGGACUUAUAUUUGGUUCAGUGACAUGGUUGAAAAACUUGAUUAUUGGUAGCAAUGCUCCACUCAGAGUAAUCCAAGACUCUGUCAAAUUACUCGGGGAUGGGACAAUUCCAUGUAUCACACUUAUACUAGGGGGAAACCUCACACAAGGACUGAGGAAGGCAAAAGUGAAACCAAUGAUCAUCAUAGCAGUAGUGUGUGUGAGAUAUAUAUUCAGUCCUCUUGUUGGUAUUCUUGUUCUUAAAGCAGCUGGAAAAUUAGGGUUCCUUGCUGCAGAUCCUCUUUACAAAUUUGUGCUAAUGAUACAAUAUACAUUGCCGCCCGCCAUGAAUAUCGGAACAAUGACACAAUUAUUUGAUGUGGCACAAGAAGAGUGUUCAGUCCUAUUCUUGUGGACUUAUUUGGUUGCAGCAUUUGCUCUCACCAUUUGGUCCACAAUAUUCAUGUGGCUCUUGUCCUAAUAUUGUCACAAGAUGAUGAAGAUAGAAUCAACAUAACACAUAAAAGUGCAGAUUUACUACUAGUAUGUAAUGAUAUCUUUUAGUUCUCUUUUUCCUUUUUUCAUCUUCUCCCCAUUUUAUUUUUUUCAAAAUCCUUUAAAGCCUAAGUUCUUAUCAAGUUUAAUCAUGUCUCUCUUCAGUAGUUCAGUUGACUACAAAAAAGGUUGAAAAACUUGUAUGUUGGUGUCAUAUAUAUAUGGAAAUACAACAAUUAUUUUUUA